AUGGACGGGAGCCAGGGCGCCAACAACUCCAGCGAUUUUGUCAGGAAGCUGUACAAAAUGCUGGAGAACAAUGUCGAUAAUGAAGUAGUACGAUGGGGCGAUCAAGGCGACAGCUUCGUAGUGCUCGAGAACGAACGCUUCACGAAACAUAUUUUACCCAAGCACUUCAAACACUCGAACUUCGCUUCUUUCGUGCGACAGCUGAACAAAUACGACUUCCACAAGGUCAGACACAACAACGAAGAUGGCGGCACAUCACCAUACGGACCUGGAGCCUGGGAGUUCAAACACCCGGACUUCAAGAUGAACAACAAGGAUGCACUCGAUAACAUCCGACGAAAGGCGCCAGCACCUCGAAAACCUAACGCGCUCGGCGAAGAGCUCGUUCCGACACAGCAGAUGGACUUGGUGAACACACAGCUGGUAGCGACGCAACAGCAGUUACAGCAGCUCCAAGAGCGGUACAACGAGCUUAGCAUGCAUCACUCGAUGCUGCUUCAAGAGCUCAUAGGUGUGCAGAAGACGGUGGUGAACCACGAGCAUGUUAUGCAAUACGUGAUGAACUUCUUACAUUCUGUGGACGGACAACGACGUAGGGAAAGCAAAGUCGGCCUACCAUUCGAGCCACCAAACGGUUUAGCUAAUGGUACUGGUCCAAGUCAAGAAGGGAAACCACCAGCACAGCCAAUUGAAGAGGACAGGCCAGCAUCUCCGCUACAACACGCUUCGAAACUGCUGAACGAAGUCAACGCGGAUCAGAUACUCAACACACGAAACUUGGAGCAAAUGAACGAGGCCCAAAUGCGCAGCAAUGCCGCCUUCACAACUCCGCCUCCAGAUCUCACGAUUCGGAACGGUACUCGAUCAUCCAGCAGAGGAGCUCCUCCGCAUUCUGCGACAUCUUCGACCUCAGUAUCCUAUGGCGAACUCGAUAACAUGGUGUAUCCCAUCGGUCACACGCAGGGCAUCGAUCCCAUGUACAGCGAACACAUCAACAACAUUCCCUAUGCAAUGCCACCCAAAGCACCGGAGCCAUCUGCGGCCGAACCACCAGGCAGAAAGAAGAGCACGCAGAUAGAUCCGGGCUGGAUACGGCAACCACAAAUCCUGCUCGUAGAGGAUGAUCCGACCUGCCGACGAAUUGGUGGCAAAUUCUUGUACGCGUUUCACUGCUCGAUAGACAGCGCGCUGGAUGGACUCGAAGCUGUCAAUAGAAUGAAUGCUGGCGCGAAGUAUGAUUUGGUUCUCAUGGAUAUCAUUAUGCCAAGCCUUGACGGCGUUUCUGCGACACACUUGAUACGACAAUUUGACAAUACGCCGAUUAUUGCUAUGACGUCCAAUAUAAGAAGUGACGACAUCUCAAUGUACUUCCAACAUGGCAUGAACGACGUACUACCAAAGCCCUUCACAAAAGAAGGUCUGCUAAACAUGCUAGAAAAGCAUCUAGCACAUCUCAAAAAGCAGCCACCAGGAAUGGAUCCUAUGGGUGCGCCUCCGCCACCCAGCGCCGUCGUAUCAGCGAAACGCAGUAUGAAGAGUGAAGACUCGCCAGUAACAUCGCCAGCGACAGCAAGCAAUUGGAACUCGCCUGGUGGUCUCGCAGGUGUCUCCCCAGCAGGCAGUUCGCACCAAGAAGAUCCAUAUAUGCAUGCAGUCCACAACAGUGCAGGUCCGAGCCCCUAUGCAGUACAAGCGCCGAUAGUAGCUGGACCGAUGUACGCCACCUCACCCGCAGGUCCCAUGGCUGCUCCACCGAGACAGCAGCCUGGUGGGCAACCUCAGCCGCACAGACGAGCUAUCUCGGAUAUUUCUGGCGGUGUUGGUGAGCAAGGUGGUGAUGUGAAGCGACAGCAAAUGUUUGCGCCUGGUCCGACGCCGCAGAUGAUACCGCAGAAUAUGCCGCAGCAGAUGCAAAGACCGCCAGGGCGAUAA